GUGUUUAUAACAGCGUAUCUGUAUCCAUUUUGUACGACCACAUGGUUAAGAAUAAAAAUUAAAUGUAUUUUCUGUAGUUUUAUUGUUGUUUACAAGAGUUAAUGAGUAAAAGUAGUGUUUUUGAAUGAUAAUGAUUGUGUGUGACAAGUUUACUUACCCUAUUACUUCUUAGAAGUUAUAAUCGCACUCGGUCAAAUGUUGUGCACACACUGCCUAGACUUGUUUUCAUUCCCGUCUGGAUAAGGUUGUGCCGUGUGUUGUGACGUUUGUGCAUUAUUGUGUGUAAAAGUAACAUUAUUUUUAUUUAUAUCAUUGUUGUAAGUAAAACUUUACUGUGAUGUUAUUUGUUAAAGUCUCUUUUCAUCAUUCAUCAACGUCGUGAUAGCAACUUUGUUAUGAUGCGUAGUCCGAACAACAUAUUGUUUAUAUCCGUAAUAUAUUUUUUUGAUUGUUGAAUUAGUUAUGCAUUUGGCGAAUUUUAGUGUAUUUAUUUGUUUUAGUAGAAGACAAUUGCAUAUGCUUUUUGUAAUCACUGGCUUUGACUGUAGCCUCCGGCUAAAUCAGUGAUUAGGUUUUCCUCGUGUCGGUCUAACCACCUCGUGCGCCUGUCUUCGCCUUGUUCGGCUGCCGUUGAAAAUGGCUGCUCCGAUGGCCAGUCAGUCGAGCGAUGGCUCUCAGAGCAGAGACAGUGUCGGUUCUUACGCUGGUGCCGUACUAAAUGCUAAAAACAUGGACUCCAAUAAAGAGAAUAUAAACGCAUCGGGUGUCACUUCGAGCACUGACCCAAGUGUUGUGCAUGUUGAGGUUAAGUCCAAAACUAGUUGUCAAACUAAAUCCGUCAAACAGUGCUCAAAUCCCCCGGUUGAAGACUUUCCGCAAAUACAGUCUGCAAAUAGUAGAAGUGUUAAAAGGUUACCCUCUGCCGAUAAAGUGAAACAUCAUGUCAAAGAGACAGGUGUUGACAAAAGUGAUGAUAAACCGAAACCUAGUCUGUGUGAUGAAAACGCAAAGAACAUAGAAACGACCGAAGUUCCUGAGGAGAAAAAAAGGUUAGUCGAAGCGCCCUUACCAAAGAUUAAUCCGUGGACGAGUAAUAAAAAUGCUGCCUCUGUGAUAACUGGCAAACCUGCUGAGAAAGGGGCAUCUGCCCCUGUCCCCCCAACGGUCGCCACCACCGCCGUCGCUGCCAACGAAAAGAGGGUUCUUCAGCCGCAUCAACAAGGAAUAGUUGAAAAUGGCGCUCCUAAUGCUCCUAUUGUUGUCAAAGCAACUCGUGAUAGGAAAAGGAUAAAUCAAAAGGCUAGUGACUUUACGGAUACUGAAGAUUGGCCCACCCUUGGAACAGCAGUGCAUGCGCGCGAAAAGAAGAUGCACCCGCCCACCACAACCACAACAAGUAACGGCCCUUCGACUCCCGCAGUCGCGGCAAGCAGCAGCGGCAGCAGCGUCGCUACGAGCGGCGACAGCAGCGAAAUAGAGGACAACUCGACCGCCAGUGCGACAGCGAUCGCGGUCGCCAAGCAGAACGGCCAUCACGCCGCGGGCACCAAGGAGCCGGCGCCGUCUCCGAAAGACACCCCCGCCGCCAAGCCGGCCAAAGAGGCCGCCGCUCUUAAACCAACUGCCGCCAACGCCAAUGCUAACUCCAACUCGGCUGCACCCAACAAGAUCAAGGCCGACAAUCAUCUCAACGAGGCUGAUAGUCCUGGAAAACCUUCAAUCCUUGAGAAGGUGAAAAAGGUAUCAGGAAAAGUAAAUAGACGGUAG